AUGGCAUCCGCUAACACUUCAAUCAGAAAAAUGUUUCUCCAUCCCAUCAGGUUAAAUACCUGGUACCGUACCGUAGUUACUGAACAAUUCGUAGGGAACCUACCUGAUACCGCUAACCAUCCCCCCUGCCGGCGACCAGACUCGACCCAAUUUCCCCCGGCGGAUGUACCCAGUCCCGUGGCGCGCACGCCGACUAGUACUGACUGAAUGCCUCGUUGACGUUCCCUCAUCGUCACGAAUUGGAGGAAUUAAGAUGGUGCACGCAACGAGACUGUGUCUCCUCCUGCCGCUGCGCCCCGUCUCGACGGGAGCAGCAGCAGCAGUGCUACGAGGAACCGCUGCUGCUGCUGCUGCCACUGCAGCACGCGCAAUACACAGCCACACCGCGCAGCCCGCGAGAGUCGUUCCCGUGUAUGGCACAGGUCCGCCGCCGGAGCCGCCCCAGCCGAGCCCGGAGUUCGCUGCCGAGGAGCGCGCCGAGCGCGAGGAGCGUCUUGCGCGGCGGAGGCGGCAGGCUGAGAUGCUGAAGCUUGCCGGGGAGCCGAAGAGGGAGAGUUUCAAGACGUCCAACCAGCGGGUCGACGGCAAGACCAAGAGCACGGGGCUCAAGAGGCGGUUCUGGAAGGAGGUGCAUGUACGCGAGGUCAAUGGCAUGUUCGAAAUCCACCUCGACGCCCGUGCCUUGCGCCACCCCACCACGAAAUCCAUCAUCCGCCUCCCGCUCUCCAAACCGCACCUGGCACACGCCCUCGCCCUCGAAUGGGACAGCCUCGUCUCGGCCCAACAAGCAACCAAGCAGCACUUCAUCCCGCUAACCUCCCUGACCUGCCGGGCGCUCGACAUCGCCACGGAUCCCAGCAUCCGCGACAGCAUAGCCCAGACGCUCCUCCGCUACCUCGACACCGACUCCCUGCUCUGCUUCUCCCCGCCGCCGCAAAUCGGGGACCACGACCCGGCCAAGCACGGGCUCUCGCUGCUCGAGCGGCAGGAACAGGCCUACUCGGAAACGGUCGCCUUCCUGACGACACACGUCUGGCCCGGCGUGACCAUCGCGCCCGUGCUGGAGGGAGGCUCCAUCAUGCCGCGCAAGCACGAAGCCGGCACGCGGGAGGUGGUGCAGGGCUGGAUCCUCUCCUCCCUGACCCCCUUCGAGGUGGCCGGGCUGGAGAGGGCGACGUUGGCGGGGAAGAGCCUGCUGGCGGCGGCGAGGUUGGUGGUCGAGUGGAGCGAGGACGGGGCUCGCGCACAACACGGCAGGGCGGAUCAUCACGGGAAAGACGGGAAGCAGAGGUUUGGUGUGGAGGCUGCGGCCAGGGCAGUCAGUCUUGAGGUGGAGUAUCAGACUGGCCGGUGGGGGGAGGUGGAGGAUACGCAUGAUGUAGAGAGGGAGGACUUGAGGCGGCAGCUGGGCAGUGUGGUGCUGCUCGUUUCCGGGACUGGAAAGGGGCCUGGAUCCAAGAGCAGCUGAGCUGGGUAGGACCGAGCUGUGUGGGCUAGGCUAAAUUGUAACAAAAAACAUCUUAGUGUACGUGGUGGGCAAUUCCACGCAUGCCCAGUGUUCAUUGCAUCCAUGGCUCUGUAUGCUUUGUAGCAGCACGGCUUCGGAGAUCAGUAUACCUACCCAUUCAUGCUAUGCUACACACGGAACAUUAGCUGAUCACUACCGCUGUGCACAAGUUGAAGCGGCCGGCUG